UCUGUGAAGUCAGUACGAAUAGCCGGCCGGGUUGUGAGUGUCAGUCUGGUGGGAGCAUUUUAUCACUGUUUAUUUUUCUUCCUGUGAUUCCCAGCCACAAAUCCGGUAGAAAUGGCCACUAUUUCAUCCACUGAAGAGCCGGGGAUGCAGCAGAUUGAUCUGAUGAAGCUGAAUCUGCAGCAAUUGACUCAGUUAAAGAAUCAGCUGGACCAGGAAUUGGGCGUUUUCCAGGAGUCCCUGCAGACCCUCAAGAUGGCAAAGAGCAAAUUCAUGGGGUCAAAAGAGAGCCUGGAGCAAUUUAAGCCAGAUUGGAAGGAGAAGGAGCAACCUGUGCUGGUUCCACUGACGGGAAGCAUGUACGUGCCGGGAGUUAUCAAGCAAGUGGACAAUGUUAUUAUAGAUGUUGGCACAGGGUACUAUGCUGAAAAAGAUGUUGCUGGUGCCAAGGACUAUUUCAAGCGAAAGGUGGAUUUUGUGCAGGAACAAGUGGAAAAAAUUGAAAUGCUGGGAUUUGAGAAGUCCAAGAUCCGAGAUGCCAUCAUGGAUGUGAUGGAGAUAAAGUUGGCAGCUCUACAGAAGCCUUCGUAAUCUCCUGCAUUGCAAAUAUCUUCCCUCGUUUCAGCCUAAUUUAUCUUGCAUUUUUUCCGGAAAGAAAACCUAUACACUCAGAUAAAUCAUAUGAAAAAAGGUUAAAAUAUACUAAAUUUCAAUUUAUUCA